UUUCAGGCACUUAGAGGACAUUCCUUCACAGACAAAAAUGUCACAAAGCAAAGAGCUUGUGAUCGCAAGUAGCGCCGACUUUGUUACGGAGCUUCUUCCAUCUGCUCAGCGUACGGCUUUGCUCUACCAUCUCUCUUACCUGGGUUUGGCUAAGUUUCCCAAGUUGGAGAGGGUUCUUAGAGAACGUGAUGUUCAAACCCAGCUUCUCUUUGGGUCCUCUGAAGCUCUUCUGCUGAAGUGUGCUGCCACAAGUAAAAACCUGGUUACCACGCUGUUGCCUGCAUUGAAGGUUGCUGUUGAAAAGGAUAAAACCAUUUUGGCCAUUAAGUCCCUGGAAAAAGCAAGAGCAUGGAUCACUGAAAUUGUUGUCAAAGUGGAACAGAUGGUGGAGAGAUAUGACAAACAAAACCAGAGUGUGGCUACAUGCACCAGUGAUGUGAUUCUUGUAAAGGCUGAGACAGUCGAAACAGACGCGAAAAUAUUACAAGAUAUACAGGCACUGAAGGGCGCGGUGCUCAAAGAAGAAGAGAAACUGAAGAAAAACACUGAAGAAAUUAAACGGAUUGAUGAAAUGAUUGCACUGAAAAACCAAGAACUGCAGAAUUAUAUCAGACAAGCUUCUGGAAAACGUAAUCGUCUGGGCUUUCUCACUGCCCUGGUUCCAUUUGUUGGAGCCUUGGUUAAUGCGAUUUUUGGUGCUAAAAUUGACGCCGGUCUGGCUGCAAAAAUCCAGGCUGUUUCCAAUGAGUUGUCUCGACUCUCCAAUGAAAAGUCAAACCUGAAGAACUUAGAGUGGAGCAUCCAUGUCAGGUUGACUAAUAACCAGCUGGAACUGGCACGCAAAACAAUAGAAAGAAAGUCAAUACCCAACCCUGUCCAUCUGAAUGAUGUCCAAACCUGCCUCACCCGAAUCCAACAAAUUCUGAUUCAGAUUCAGAAGUUCUGGGAAUCAGUGAGUGUGAUGCUGGAGGCUCUCAAAGAAGAGACUUUUGCGAAUGAACACUUCAUCGAGGAUAGUGAAAUGAAGGACAUCUUUCUGGAAGCUAUUGUUACAGCACAACAGCAUUGGAAGGCCUUCGGUGAAUCCUGCCUGUAUGCUAGGGGCAUCUUUAGCUUGCAGAGUAAGAAUGCGUAUAAGUUCCUGGAGAUCAGCCCGUCUUCACUGUCAGAAGAUGAAUGGAAAGAACAGUAUAAUGCUGUCAUUGUGCAGCUGAACAAAAUAAGUCCUGAUCCCUUCACUCCCAGCGCUCGAGCUGCCAUUAGUAAUGUACUAGCUUAAGAAGCUGAUACAGUACAAGCAACUUACACAUCUAUAAUGUUUCAGGCUAACAGCUCUGAAUAAUAUGUUUCG